AUGGAGGCCCCAGUCGACUCUGUUUUCCCUCGUCGUACCCCCUUUGUGAUGGAGGUUCCCCGGCCUGAUGUUGAAUCCAUGAGCCUUGCCAAGCUAAUUUCCAAGAAGGAAGAGAUAAAGUCGUUGCUCAUAGAAUACGAUAGGUGGUUCUACGAACAGCACCGUCGAAAGCCCCGAAAACCUGAAAAGGAACGGAUACGACCUUACUACGAGUACUACCAUGCGACAAAGAAACGAAUUGCAGCAUUGGACAAAUGUGGCGGCUUGGAUGGAAGUUGGGUGGUCGUCGUCAGUAGCGGGUCCUCGUACGUUCCUGGAACGAAUGUUCCGCAGCGGCGUCGGUAUGACAUUUUGGCCGAACUGGACGACCUUUCGCAACUCAAAGCAGAGUUGUGCUUGUUGCGUUCCUCGCUGCGAGUGUUUGAGAAGGAUUUCGUCAAGACUCAUGGGCGGCAAGUGUCCACGCCUUCGGACAUUAAACCAAAACAAAAAGAGUACGCGAGAUACAAGAAGGUGGCGAAAAUGAUCAAGAUGAUGGAGGCGCCCUAG